AUGAGCGUAUUUUAUUUGAAUCUUCCUUGGAUAAUCAAUGAGUCCGAAUACAAUUGCAGCGGUCGUUCAUUAUUUGAAUGGAAAAGCAGAGGUUCAGUAAAUGUGGCGCAAGGAAUCUAUUUCACAGUAUCAGGAACAGUUUUCGUGGUGAUUUGUUUGAUUGGAAUGCUCCGAGGUAGACUACUAACGACGCCGUGUUACUGCUUGAUGUUUUUCAACGGCAUCAUUGACAUCAUGGAUAUAAUAGCUGGUUCAUUGAUUGGCGGCAUAACUUCGCUUUAG